CAAAAAUGAAAUCAAAUUAAUGUAUUAUAGUGUCUGAUCUAAAUUUGUUUUUAAUUACUUUCUAAAUUGAUUUUUUUACUUGACACAUUUACCAUUUACACUUUUGGCUUUUUAAUGUUUAUUUCAACUUUUUAGACUAAUUUCAACAAUUUUGAUGGAGUUAAGAGCGAGACCUUCUAAGCAUAAGGAGACCACUCGUCGUCUAAAACGACCUUUAGCCGAAGGUUCAGAUUCUACACAGUCGGGUGACAAGAUUGUUCCUGAUGUGUUGUCCAUCAAGUCUCAGAAUUCGUCACUCUACGAUCUUUCGAAUUUAAAUGACACAGUUUUAGUUUCUGAAACUUCUCCGAAGGGGUUCUCUGAUAUGAAAACCGACUUCUCGGACAUGUGUACCCCCUUAAGGGUCACAGGCAAUAAGUCCUCUAAAGAUUCAGAAACAGACCAGUAUAUUAGCCUUCUGAGCAGUUUAAACAAAUCUCCAUCUGUUAUGGGUGACUUUGAUAUGAAUUCUGAUAAAACUAAUAAUUUCCUUUUCACACCUAGUCAGGAUAGUCGAAUUACUCCUAAAAAUGACUCUUUUACACCUAACCAAACGAAAGGAUUACUAAAAACUAAUCGAAUGAAUUAUUUUUACAAACUUAAAGAUACGCCCAUUUCUAAUAAAUAUACACCAGUUUCACUAAAAGCCAGCACAAGUUCAUAUAAUGAUAGUAUUAUUUCAUAUAAUGAUCUUCUUAACUCUUAUAAAGAUAAUGUAAAUUCAGAGAAAGAUAAUGUUGAUUUAUAUAAAGAGAGUCUAGUUUCUCAAAGUGAUACUCAAUUUUCACAAAAUUAUGUUACACAUUCUCAGAAUGAAAAUUUAAUUUCAUAUAGAGAUACGCAAUUUUCUCAAAAUGAGAGUAUGCUUUCACAACAAGAUACUCAAUUUUCCCAAAAUGAUUUUACACAAUCUCAAAAUGAGAUUGUAAUGUCACAAAAUGAUAAUAAAAAAUUGGACGACGAUGUUUUCUUUGAGGAUGACCCAAAAUGCGAUAAAUCUGCAAAAUCAAAUUAUUCUUCACUCAAGAAAACAUGUUCGGCAAAAGAAAACGUGACUAAAGAUUACGGAAGCCUUUGUGACAUUUUAAGUUUAGACGAUCUAUCUGAUGUAAACGGCGAUAAGUCAUCAUUCCCCCCUUCAAAUUGCAUAAAAUCUCAGACUAUUGCCUCUGAUGAAACAGAUACUGCAAGUUCAUCAAGUGGUUACAUAAUUGAACCCAGGCAAACUCGAAGCCAAUAUAAGAAGAAAAUUCAGCGAAACAAUUCUCGAAAUAAUGUGAAUGAUAAUCUUAAUACUCUACCCGAAACUAACAAAGAUGAAUCGGUUGAUUUAGGUGAAGAUAAUUUGGAACAUAAAACUACUAAUUUGAACGUCAAAUCGAAAAAAUCGGAUGCUAAAUCUAAUAAAUUGGAUACGAAAUCUAAUAAAUCUGAUACAAAAUCUAAUAAAUCGGAGAAUAAAUCAACUAAUUUAGUUGACGAGAAGGAAAGAGUAUUAAGAUUAGGAUAUAAAGAUAACAUAUUAUACAAUAAGUACGGAAUAAAGUAUGAACCAAUGGAUACAGAUAUGAGAAGAAAAUAUAGGAGUUUUGAACAACUUUGUUUUGGUUUGGGCUGUUUCGUAUGUCCAACCAAACAAGAGCUUGAAAUGUGUAAACAGUUAUCAACACUACCAGAUGUUUCCGCGCUUUCACAGUAUGAGACUUCUGUGUAUCAGGGUUGCGUGUUACGUUCCCGUGCAUUUGAGACUAUUUGGCGUAAGUUUUGUAACCGAGUGCUUGGAAUCGUUCGAAGGUAUAUUUUGAAGGGAAUUGAUGAACUUGUGAGGAUAGUUGAGUCCCAGGAAUUAAUUGAACCGUUUCUCAAGCUAAUCCUGGUUGAUUUGGGAACGGACAGACAGGAUCAACGACUAUUUCUAAGCAUUCUACAAGAUGAACUUAAUAACCUUAUUAAGCACAAGUAUAUACUCAUCAGAGUUAAUAACAAUAAUAACCUGAACGAUAUCAUAAAACAAAUGUACAUCCAGCUGUAUACUCACUUGUUGCUAAGUAAUAAUAAUGUUAACGUUGGCACUACUACUAACACUAACAUUUUAAGUAAACUGAUACACCUCUACAACUCAUUUAUUAACAAGUGUAAUACCAACACACCCAAUACUCCCACUAACAGUGCCAGCACUCCAACUAACACUGCUGUGAAUGAAGGAUACGAGUUUGUAAUAGUAGUGGAUAAGCUGAAUGAGCAUAUAAACGAUAUAUUAUAUCUGCUUGAGAUGAUAAAGAGGAGGAAAUUGUUACCGAUAAAUAGCAUAAUCGUGAUAUCCUCAAAUAGUGAAUAUAUAGAAAAGUAUUGUAACACUAGAAUUUACAGCAACUUGGGCAUUUUCGAGUGCGGAGUGAUAACAGUCUCGAACAUAAUUGAGGAAAUCUUACAGGUUCUGAUGUUUGACGUUUACGUCCAGGACUUUAUCCCAAACUUCCGAAUUUUACUGGACCUGUACGACCAGUAUAAUGAUAUAGAUAACUCAUUCACAAUGUUCAUCAUGAGGGUUUAUCAGAUGUAUGAGCAGUACUAUAACAGUUUCAUCUUUAGUUAUUUGUCAAUCCUGCCAACACAUUUUUUCAAGUUUACAAAUUCCGAAGACUAUUACACUGAUAUUCUACUUGACUCGGAGAUUAAUCCUGACCCAAAAACUGACAAUCUGGUUAAAGGAAGUCAAAUGCAUUUAGAUAAAACUUCAAACCAAUACGCUAAUGGAACUGAUAACCUAAGUAACAACAAACUGGUGAAUGAUGGCAGUAAUCUAUUGAAUAAUAGUAAUUUGGUGAAUAAUGGCAGUAAAUUAUCUAACAACUCUAAUAAUCUGACGAGUGAGAAUAAAAUGGUGAAUAAUGAGAUGGAAAUUUUAGUGGAUUUAAGUAAAACUGAGACAAGCGGAUUUGAUAAUGAAACAGUGACUGAAAGUGAUCCUAAGCCAAAGGAAAACAAGUUGGAAUUAUACGAGAAUGAUGUGUAUAAUGAGAAUGGAGUCAAUAUUCUGGAGCUGCUAGACAUUAAGAAUUUGUAUAGUGUGUACAGUUUACUGUGUGUUAGCAAUAACAUGAGUGAAAACAGUGUGGCGUAUCUUGAUGUUAAACUGGGAGUAUCGCUGCCUUUGGAGAAGAUAGUCCUAGAAUAUUUGCCCCUAAACACUGUGAUUUUAGUCCAGCGAAGAAUCCUGUUCCAACUUGGAGUACACCUACUGUUCAAGACGCUUGACUUCUUACCAGAAUUUUAUAAUUUUAAGAGUAAAAUACUACAACUAGUCAACAAUUUUGACAACUAUAAAGAUAUGAUCAAUAAACUGGUUGACCAUAUUACGACAUUAUGUUCUGAAGACAAUUUAUUCUGUAAUAAUAGUUUGGCGAGAUUAAAAAGGCUUUUUAAUAACUUUAAUAAGUAUUACAGUAGGUAUAAGAAUCUACUAAUUAAAAUUGAGUUAUUUUUAAACAAUAACGAUGUAAAGGCGAUCAAGGCAAGGUUGGAUGAUUUAAACAGGAUGAUAAGAGUGAGUAAUAGUGAUGACUACACUAACAUGAUUAAUGAUUUUAAGGAUAAGUUGAUGCUGUGCUUAUUUCCACCGCUGAGCUCAUUCCCCCUGACGAAAAUAGUAUUAGUGCAGAAAUACUCUCAAAUUAUUACGUCUAACGUUUGUAAGAAUAGUUCAGUUGUUAGUUCGACUAGUUCUGGUGCAGGUGUUGGAAACACUGGAUUAGUAGGACUGGAUGUGAUAUUACACAUCAACAAGUACAUUAAGUACAAGAUAAUUAACAUGUGGAAACUGUUUAUCAUUUACUAUUACAUUUUGACAGGGAUGUCCAGUGAUAGAAGAGGUGAACCAUCUAAUGAACGAGAUAUUAUUGAGAUUUAUAUCAGGUUCAACAAUAAUAUUGAGAUUCUGGAAAAGCUGUACAAGAUUGCGGUAGUAAACAACACAAACUCUUCAGAAAGAAUAAGUAGUAGAUCACAGCAGUACGAUAGUGGCGAUCGGGAUCCAGGUAGUUCAGUUGAUAGAAUGGAUAGGAUAAACGGAGUUGAAAAGGUAGAAAAGGCGUUGUCUGGUCUGGGUUCAGUUAACAUUAACGUUUACAAAAAUAUUAAAAAGUCACUCAUUAACAUUAGUGUUAAGUUUUUGUAACUAACAAUUUAUUGGAAG